GAUAGGCAUGUCCUGCUCUCACCGGCCUUCUUCACAUACUCAUCCAGGAACAUGGACGCGUUUUGCACUUGGUUAGGUAUCUUCUUUGUGUUAAACAUUAUCAGUCCUGGAUUUUCUACUUGUCUGCUGGGCUGCUCCUGCACUAAUGAUUAUUUGGGAAGGUCCCUACUGUGUAUGGAAACCUCCAUGGGACAGAUCCCAGAGAAUAUCCCUAAUGAUUUUACUAAAAUCCGAAUCGAAAACUGCCACCUGACUGAAAUACCCAGAGGUUCCUUCUCUGAAGUUCAUGCCUUAGAGUUUCUCUGGCUAAAUUUCAACGAGAUCACCUUGAUGCACAUCAAAAGCCUGGAGGGACUUGCCAACCUGACUGAGCUAAGGCUACAAGGCAACAAGCUGACUUCGCUACCAUGGACAGCAUUUCAGAGCACGCCCAGACUUAAAAUCUUGGACCUCAAGCACAAUCGUCUAGAUGUCUUGCCAGAGCAUGCUCUAAGACACUUGCCAGCACUGACCUAUUUAGAUUUAUCCUUCAAUCAGCUUAGAAUCGUAUCAAAAGAAGUGUUCACAAAUUGGCCUCUUUACCAAACCGCAGAGAAAGCGUGGGGGAAAGAAGGAAUGGUUUCUAACGUGGUUUUGGCACUACAUGACAAUCCCUGGUCAUGUGACUGCCGACUUAAAGGUUUUGUUGAAUUCAUCCGCGAGGUCAGCCCACCUAUCAUCCUCAUGAACUCAUACUUGAAGUGCUUAGGCCCAGCCUCCAAAGCAGAAAAGUAUUUCCAUGAGAUCCAGCUAAAAACCUGCAUGGAGCCGGUGGCUUCUGUCACAGAGUAUAACAUUUCUUUAUCUCUGGGAGCAAAUGCAACUCUGACGUGCCUUGUCCAAGCCAGACCUCUACCAAGCAUUCAGUGGAUGUACCCUCUGAAGAUUAUCAGAGGAUUUUCUUCUACCCAGACUCAGAUAGACGAGGAGACCAUCACAUCCCAGCUGGUGAUCCCAUCUGUACACCUAGCAGAUCGUGGAAUCUACACUUGCAUGGCCAACAAUUUUAUUGGGAACUCCUCUGUCAGUAUCUCACUCAACAUUGAUUCCUCCAACUCUGCUGCCCCUCUUCCACCCCCUGUACCCAUACUGUCAUCUGAUGAUAGUCCCCACAUUGACAUCCGGAUUGCCAAGCAAACCAUUUAUGGCAUUACCCUGGAGUGGUAUGCUGUGACGGACAAUUCUGCAGACAUGUGGUUCACCAUCUACUUUGGUAAGUAUUCUUCCCCCAAGAAAGAAAUGAUCUUUAUUGGCCCUGGCAUAAACACCUACUCAUUCAGCGACCUGCUCCCUGCCACCAAAUAUGAGGUGUGCGUCACCCUGAAGAACCACCCACCCAAAGAGGGUCAGUGCAUAAUUUUUGUAACAGGAAGUGACAUUAGUGAGAUGGAGCAGAGGGAAAGACUUAUCCACAUUAUUGUCAUUGUCUGUGCCAUGGUUUUGGCAGUGCCUGCAGGCAUUUAUGUAUGCACUACAGAGACAAGGUUCGGCUGUAUGGACCACUGUAUGGAUUUCUGGAAGAAGCGCAGUAGACGUGGUGAGAACGCAGAGGGACUGGAAAGGCAGAACACCUUCGACAGCAUGCAGGCAGCCAGUGAUGAAGCGCUAUGUAGGGAUUCAGAAAAACCAACAAAAAGGAGAAAAUCUGAAGACAAGAGCAAAGGUGGAAGUGCUGCUCACUUAUACUAACAUCAAUUUUGGAAAUUCCGUCUAAAAUAAAAAUGCACAUCUUUAUUUCUAGUCUGUGCCAUCUUGCAGCUUUUUGUUUAUAUUUAUUGGGAUCAAAUGACUUUGUUCAAUGAUUGGACACAAGUUUAAAGCUUUAAAUUUUUUAAGUUUAUAUUUUUGAAGUUCCCAUUGGAAACGUAAGCUGUCACCUGAAAAUGCCUUUCUUCCUUGCUGCAGGCAAACAUUGUUGAUAACUAUAAUUACAUACAAAUAUGCUCAAAAAGAAGUAUUUAUAAGCCAGUUCAUUUGUAAUAUACAUGCUUAAUGCAUUUAUUUAUCACAGGUAUGUGAAUAGAUAUCAUGAUAUUGACUGUGUCUUACAUUAUGGGUACUGUUUUAUGUUUUACUACAAAUAAAACUUGUUCAACAAGUCUUCCUUUUUCCAGACCUCUAGAUGUAAUGUUUUGUAAAAGAUAUGCAGCACAUUUAAGCUGGAUUAAAGAAAAGACAAAUGUUAAGACAUACUUUGAUUUUUCAGCACAGUCACUCAGAGGAUUUGUUACAUAAGCUGUGUUGUCAUGAAUUUCUACAUACAGCUGGAAGAUUAUAAUGAUUUUUCAUCUGAAUCUUUAUCAGCAGGACAUUACCGGUAUAUCUCUGUUUUAAUGAAAAUUAAGAGUGUACCAUAGAGUC